AUGGCUGACCCAACGUUCGAUACCACCAUCUGCUUCUCAAGUCCAUCUUUUCAUGUUGAUCUUGCUGCACUUGAUGCACAACAUCCUGUUCACUACAGCCGCCGCUUACUUCUCUUCCGCUGCUCGUCCAUUGAGCAACGGGAUGCGCAACUUGCAGCCCUAAAGACAGGCAUCCGAUGUCUGGUCUCGCGUUGUCCCAUUCUAACAGGCGAUAUUGUGUCUCUUCCCGAAAAUGAGGCCAUCGACGGGAAAGAUGACUGGCGGACUAUCGUUCCUGGACGAGCUCUGGAGCUGGUCGUCAGAGACUUACGAGAAGCAAUGCCAUCUUUCCAAGAGCUCGAGAAAUCCAAUUUCCAACCAUCAUUACUACCAUACAGCCUCCUUGUACCCAUUCCAGAGGAUAUUGGCAACGACCAGCCAUUCAGUGCGUGCAAGAUACAAUUCAGCUCGAUCGAGGGCGGCACGAUAAUCACGAUUGCCCAUUCACAUUCUGUGGCCGACGGCUCUGGCACGAACGAGCUGAUGCGCGUGCUCGCCGAAGAAACACGCCGCGCACAGGAUCACCAUUCAUGGCCACAGCCCACGGCUGAAGCUGAGGCCUCGGACGAUCUGCCUACGGGGAUGGGCCUGGACCGAAGCUUCAUGCGCAAUAUAACGAGCGAUAUACCAUUCGAUAUCAACGACCACCCAGGAUAUUCUUGGAACCCAGAACCUGCACCACCGAACCAUCCCUUCGUGGCGACAGCACCAGAAGUCCCUGUCCUUAUACGGAUCUGCCCGGCUGGCCUGGCGCGACUCAAGUCCGACGCAAGCAGCCGCGAGCCCAACGUCGCGUCUAUCUCCACGCACGAUGCCCUCGCCGCGCUGAUGUGGCGCACCGUGCUGCUCAUCAAGUCCCGUCGUUCUGACGAGGCCAAAGCACUUCCCCUAGAGACCAAGACAAGCCUUUUCAUGCCUUCCGAUGCGCGCCGACACCUGGGCCUGCAGACCUCGUACGUCGGGAACGCGGUGUAUCAGCUUGCGGCCCCGCUCGACCUAGUUACGCUCCUGGGCCCGAGGGGGUUGCAAGACGCUGCCAGGGCACUCCGCACAGCGAUCAACGCAGUCACGCCGGAAAAGGUCAAGAGUCUCAUGGCGAUGACCAAUCAACGUUGGAUUCCUUGGGCGUUCCUGAGCACGGCAUGGACGACAGGGUUCCCAAUGGGCACGGACUGGACGGGUGGAGAGGUGUAUGCAUAUGAUUGGGGAAGUGCGUUUGAUGGAAAUGGAAGGAUAGUGAGCUACAGAUACCCCAACGAGGCGUUCAAUUGUGUGUUCCCUCGGUUGCCGGAUGGGAGCGCGGAGGUGGUUGUUGCUGUGUUGCCUGGAGAGGUUGAGGUCGUGAAGGGUGUGGAAGGGUUCGGGAGGUAUCUGGACGAGACGUAA